CAUCACACGCCUACUCCUCGGCAUCUCAACCCAUUUGCCCCCUUUUCCCACCAUCCUUCUCACCCACUACCCAACGAAGAAGCCCAAUUCAUUUUCUCGGGAAUCAAACCGACCCAUCUCCGCCCCUCUUUUCAAUUCUUUCAUUUGAUCUGGAUUUCCUCAGUAAUGGCGCCGAGGGACAAGGCGGUUCCCGUCAAGCCCAACGUCGGUAACCUUAAGGAAGUGCAUUUUCGAGGAGUCAGGAAGCGGCCAUGGGGUAGAUACGCCGCUGAGAUCAGAGAUCCCUGUAAGAAGAGCCGUGUUUGGCUCGGUACCUUCGAUACGGCGGAGGAGGCCGCCCGAGCCUACGAUAACGCCGCUAGAGGCUUCCGCGGCGCCAAGGCUAAGACCAAUUUCCCCUUGCCUUCCGACGAUCUUCUUAACCUUAACAAUAAGAUCAAUAACAAUAAUCAGAGCCCGAGUCAGAGUAGUACGGUUGAGUCCUCUAGCCGGGAGCAAGCUCUGAUGGUUGAUUCCUCGCCUUUGAAUCACAAUCUCGGUCACGGUAUUAGCGGACUCGCCGCCAACGGAUCCAUCACUUUUCCCUUCCAGCGCUACCAAAUUCCCGUGAUCCGUGAUGCUUUAUUAGCCCGCGCCAUGCCGCCCUCCAACCACGUUCUAUGUUUCGAUGCCGCUCUUCGUGCCGGAGUAAUCAAGAGCCAUCCUCAUCAUCAAAACCAACGCCUACGUUUCGAUCAUCACCACGAAGCCGUGAGUAAUUUCCGACGCGAGUUCGGCUGCGGCGGCGGGGUACAAAGCGACUCCGACUCCUCCUCUGUCGUGGACAUGAACAGCCAGGACAUGGAGCCCCGUAGAGGAGGAGGCGGCGUGGAUUUCGAUCUGAACUUCCCCCCGCCAGAAUCCGCCUGAAUUUUUUCCGUAACGAAGCUCGCACGAUCGGCUGGGAUUAUUAAUGAUAAAUUAGGUUAUUUUUAUAAUAAUCACUUUUCAAAUGCUAAAUAUUACGACCGGAGAAGAAGAUGAUACGGCGAUCAUGUAUAGGGAAUCCGAUCUCCUCAUUUUUUUGCAGCAGAGAAAAAAACCAAAACUCUUAUGGAGUUGUGUUCCUGCUGUUCCUGUUAUCGAGGAAUCAUUUUGCAAUUUACCUUUUUUUCAUUGAAUUAAUUAUCCUCUGGUUUGAACGAAAUUAACGCCCAUGAUUCAUACAAA